UCCAAACAUCAGAUAAAACUAAACUCCUUCGUGAGCAACCUCUACCCUGUGUCUCCAACUCUCUCAACCUCUUUUCGCUAAGAAUAUAUUACGUAACAUGUUUCUUCUGCCACCGCCACUCCCAACUCGUUUCCCAUUAGUUCCGUUAACUUCUCCAGUACACUUGCGCCACCACUAUAUAUUCCAACCACCACUUUCCGUCACCGCCGUCACCACCACCGCUAGCGAAAUCUCCUCUGGCUCUGUCUCUGUCUCUGUUUCCUCAUCGAGACAACUUGACGACGACAAGGACGACGAAAACGACCUCGUUUCACUCCAUAACAAUCGCUACGACUUCACUCCCCUCCUCAACUUCCUUUCCAGUUCUCCCACUUCCACCAGCAGCUCCAAUUCGGAUUCGGGUUCGGGUUCGGGUUCGGAUGCUCCGACUUCGCUAGACCGGACCGAGUUCCAGCUCGCCGAGACGUACCGGGCCGUGCCAGCCCCACUCUGGCACUCACUCCUCAAAUCCCUCUGCUCCUCCUCCUCAAUUGGACUAGCGUACGCCGUCGUUUCGUGGCUCCAGAAGCACAACCUCUGCUUCUCCUAUGAGUUGCUCUACUCAAUUCUCAUCCACGCGCUGGGGCGCUCUGAGAAGCUCUACGAGGCGUUCCUGCUCUCCCAGAGACAAACCCUAACCCCGCUGACCUACAACGCGCUAAUCGGCGCGUGUGCUCGCAACGAUGACCUUGAGAAGGCGCUCAAUCUGAUGUCUCGGAUGCGCCGAGACGGUUUCCCAUCCGAUUUCGUCAAUUACAGUUUGAUAAUUCAAUCCCUUACUCGCACUAACAAGAUUGACUUGCCGAUUCUGCAGAAGCUUUAUGCCGAGAUCGAAUGCGAUAAGAUCGAGCUCGAUUGCCAGCUUCUGAACGACAUUAUUGUCGGUUUCGCAACCGCCGGCGACCCGACUCAGGCCAUGCAUUUCCUUUCCAUGGCUCAGGGCAGUGGCCUGAGCGCAAAAACCGCAACUCUCGUUGCGGUUAUAUCUGCGCUGGGGAAUUCGGGUCGGACCGUGGAGGCUGAGGCCAUUUUCGAAGAGAUAAGAGAUGCCGGGUUAAAGCCAAGGACUAGGGCUUACAAUGCGCUUCUCAAAGCGUAUGUGAAAGCUGGUUCUCUUAAAGACGCCGAGUCGAUCGUAUCAGAGAUGGAGAAGAGCGGAGUUGCGCCAGACGAGCAUACGUACAGUCUCCUCAUUGAUGCGUAUGCAAAUGCAGGACGGUGGGAAAGCGCGAGAAUCGUAUUGAAAGAAAUGGAAGAGAGCAAUGUACAGCCUAAUUCAUUCGUGUAUAGUCGAAUUUUAGCAAGUUAUAGGGACAGAGGAGAGUGGCAGAGAUCGUUUCAGGUUUUAAGGGAAAUGAAGAGUAGUGGAGUAAAGCCUGAUAGGCAUUUCUACAAUGUGAUGAUAGACACAUUUGGCAAGUACAAUUGUCUUGAUCAUGCUGUGGCCACCUUCGAACGGAUGCUAUCAGAGGGGAUUCAGCCCGACACGGUCACGUGGAAUACGCUUAUCAAUUGCCAUUGUAAGGCAAGGAGGCGCGAUAGAGCGGAGGAGUUGUUUGAGGAAAUGCAGGAGAAAGGGUACACGCCGUGUGCCACGACGUAUAAUAUCAUGAUCAAUUGUUUGGGGGAGCAGGAGAGGUGGGAGGAGGUGAAGAGCUUGUUGGGGAGGAUGCAGAGUCAGGGGUUGCUGCCAAAUGUGGUGACCUACACCACGCUGGUUGAUAUUUACGGACGGUCAGGGAGGUUUGAUGAUUCGAUAGAGUGCUUGGAGGACAUGAAGUCUGCAGGAUUGAAGCCGUCAUCGACAAUGUAUAACGCCUUGAUCAAUGCCUAUGCGCAAAGGGGCAUGUCCGAGGAAGCAAUAAAUGCAUUUAGGGUCAUGAUAGCAGAUGGCCUGAAGCCCAGUAUUUUAGCUCUCAAUUCGUUAAUUAAUGCAUUUGGUGAAGAUAGAAGAGAUGCUGAAGCCUUUGCUGUGUUGCAGUACAUGAAGGAAAAUGACUUGAAACCAGAUGUUGUCACGUAUACUACACUAAUGAAAGCUUUGAUUCGUGUUGACAAAUUUCAUAAGGUUCCAGCCGUGUAUGAAGAGAUGAUUUUGUCUAAGUGCACUCCAGAUAGGAAAGCUAGAUCAAUGCUACGAUCUGCUCUGAAAUACAUGAAGCAAACAGUGAAAUCAUAGUUGAUGGGUAACACAACCAAAGCAAAGUACAGGACUGUCAUGUUUGAUCUUUUAGUUAUCUAUUUGAGGAGAUAUUGAUUCAUGUUCAUCAUAGUCAUAAAGAAAUUCAUACUACAAGGGUUGUUCAGGAGUCCAGGAACGCAAAUGAAGACCACACCACCAUCAAAACUCCAAGACUUGAAGAACUUCAUAUACCCAACACCUUUUGCAUUUCCUCGAGCGAGGUUAUAAUUUUUUUUUUUCCACAGAUGCAUUGCCCAUGUGUUAAAUACGUUGUUGUAUUAUAAAAUUGUGUCAGGGAUAAUACAGAGGAAUGUUAGUAGUAGUUUUUGGACCAGUUCACUAAUUUUUCACGUUGUUUUGUAAAUGGACGAACAACAAAAAAUUGGCAUAAAUCUCAUUCUUCAUCAAUUGGAGGGUUCAUCAUUUUUUUCC